AUGCCUAUUGAUCUUUUUGGUCCCCUACGAUGGCGAUGGGAGGCUGAACAACAAGUGAAAGUUCGAACAAAAAUGAAUGUUAAGAAAGGAACGAUUACCGUAACAGUUGAAGGUCUUGAUUCGCAAAAUCAAGCUGUCAAAAAAGAAUUCAUGUCAUUUCUAAGUUGGCUCCGCAUGUGUGCAGUGAUUCGUGAUCCACAUGCAGGUAACUUUCAAUAUCAAUUGAAUAGCUUUUCUAAGUAAUUUUUCACUCUUUCUGAAUAUUGAAAAAAUCAGGAAUUCACAAAAAAACACAAAAUCCCUUUCACACUAAAUUACUCGAGAUCAUCCCGGGUAGGUCGU